CUUUCUGCCAACGGUAUGUGCAGACAGGUUAGAAUUCCGAUAAUUCCAAUUAUUGUCUUAUUUAUUUAUGAUUUUUUUUUUUUGCUUCUUCUUAUUAUUAACUCAAAAUAUUUAUGAAAUUUGUUCGCUUUCAACAGCCCUUGAGGCAUUUUAUGUGAUAUUAUUGAAGAUUAAUACAUAAAGCAAUGACCGAUCACAGCGACAUAAUCACAUCGUCAAACAGCAGUUGCACAUCACGCAUGGCACCAGCUCGAGUGCGAAUCGUUCGACUCGUGCGCAACAGUGGACUCUAUCGAUUGUCCUGUCAAUCGGCCACAUUUGGAUUCUCUAUACGCGGUGGACGAGAAUUCGGUAUCGGAUUUUUCGUAUCCCACGUUGAUCCGGAAAGUGAGGCAGACAUUCGCGGUCUGAAGGUCGGCGAUCAGAUCAUUCGAGUAAAUGGGUACAUUGUCGACGAUGCCGUUCACAGAGAAUUGUCCCAAUACAUAUCGUGUGCCAAUCGAUUAACGUUACGAGUCCGAAGUGUCGGAAUUCUGCCUGUAAAAGAACACAGCACAGAUCUGCUUACAUGGCACAUUGUACCAAAGGAAAGCACUCGAGAAAAAUUCGAUAAACUAGACCAAUACCAUUGUCGAGAUGUUCGAAUCAAUUUAAAAGUAGCGCCACGAACAAAACUGGGCCUGGGAAUAUGCAAAGGGCCUGAGUGGAAGCCAGGAGUGUUCGUUCAAUUUACGAAAGAUGUUGGAAUUGCACGAGAAACUGGCUUAAGACCUGGUGAUCAAAUACUCAGUUGUAACGGAGUUGACUUUACGGAUAUCGCAUUUAGCGACGCGGUGGCAGCAAUGAAACAAUCCCAUGACCUGGAACUCAUAGUUAGAACCGGUGCUGGUCUUAAUCUAUUCCCCGGCGAGUCAAGUGGCUAUAAUAGUUCAGCAAGCAGCAUAACCGGGGACCAGAGUCCAUGCUGGAAUGACCAAUCAUCGAAAAGACUGAGUAUUGUCAAAGAGGAAGAUUGUGCUGAGAAAAUCGGACAAAAUCGAUUGAAAUACCGGAACAGCCAUAAUUGCAAGAAUAAAGGUAUUUACGUUGUAAAUCCGUCAAUCGGAGAGGAACCGGUGAACAUUGUGAAACGCGACCGCGAAAGUAACACAACGAUUAUCAAAUUGUCGGAAAACGGUACCGAAAUCAAUAGCACUCUCAUUCCGACGAUCCGCGAUCAAACCGAUCAUUCAUCGACCAUCCAUAAAUUUGGUGAACAUACCACCCUAAACGACAAUUCCAAAAAUACGGUCAAGGUCAAAAUUAACAGCGACUUGUCGGCCUGCAAUAACCAGCAAAGCUUGACGAACGACGGCAAAUUAGCCGACAUAUGUUUCGUAUCGCGUAAAUGUUCGACCAAAACCGUCAUUGUCGAAGUGCAUCGCGGUACGUCCGACCAACCGAAUUGCGACGGCAAGGUGAGAUGUAAAAUACCACCUCCGCCACCGAUUCGCUUUUCCCAUCAAGAGAAAACUGUCCCGUCGAAUACCACAAAUGUGCCAGCGAACAAUGAACGGACUAGCCUCAAUUCGGCUAUUGGCGAUGAGUUGAAAAGACGAUUGGAGGGUUUACGUGUCGAUGGCGGUGCCAAAACAAAGGACAUGGUGAACAAUAAAAGAAGUGUCGUUGGUGGAGACAAUGACAAGCACAAUGCACUGAUGGACGAGUUUAAGAAAGCGCAUCAGAAGAUGUUUAAAAACGGAUUCUGUGAAACUGACUCGAGUCAAUUGGAUCUCAAGGAACGUCAACUGAAAUUACAACAACAACAAGCGAAUGAACAGUCCAAUAAAGUGGUAACACCAGAUCCAGAUUACGACAUCACGCCGCCAAAUUCAUUAGAUCAUACGACCAAUCAAUUAAUUGAUAAACUUAAAGUACAACCAUCGGAGACAGCACCCAUAAGGCAGUGUACAGAUGUACCAGCAGCAUUAAAGGCCACAUCAUCGGUGGCGAUUAAAAUCGGUGAAUAUGCUGAUCGAAAGGAGCCGUGCAAAUUUCAUUUCAUUUCCAAGUUUGGCACCAACGAAUCCAAUGGUGAUGUUACCUCACAGCUGAAGAAUGAGUUGGAAAAGACCCUUUCCAAAUUAAAUAUUCAAAAUACAAAGGACACAGCGGAGAAUGGGGACGGGUCAAAGAAUCAAGAACAUUUGGCGAAAGAAAUUCCAUCGCAACGGUCUACAUCGAAUGUGGAGAAAAUAACCGCUCUGCUUAUCACUCAGAAUCAGACAAAUUGUAAAUCCGACGCACAAAAGAUGGGAAAUAAAUUUGGCGUAAAAAAGACCGAAUCACUUCCGCUCAAUGGCAUUUUGAAAGUUGGCUCGAAUUCGUGCUCAGAACACAAAAAUAUUACAUUCGGCAAAACGACAACUACUCUGGUUGACAAUGAAACUUAGAAUUGGAAUAUUUUGGUAAACGAAUUACAAAUAUGAUGAAUGAAUCUGCAACAA